UUAUUAAGGAAAUUUGAAUGGAAAUUUUGGACACUGAACACUCUUGAAUAUAAAUUUAUGGAACAAAUAAACAAAAUUCAGAAAAGGCGUGGAAGAAAAAAGAAACUUGCCGACUCAAAAAAUAAACAAAACGAGAGACUAUAGAAAAGAAAGAGGUUGGGAUAAAAUGACAUAUUUUAAAAACAUUUCGCCAACUUAUUUUUUGUUUGCGAAUUUUUGAAUAUUUAGGAGUGACUCACUUUUCUCUCAAAAUUUUAUUUCCUUAAAUGUCUGUUGACAAUUGGAGUUGUCCUAAUUGUACAUUAAUUAACAACAUUCAAGAACAUUGUUGUAAAGCUUGUCUUUAUUCAUUUAACAAAAAUAACCGUAAUGUGCCUCACUUCUCCGUCAAUUCUGCCUUAGAAAAAUUAGAUUCAGCUCUAGAUUUAAUUACUAAUAGCCCUGGACGUUCUUCUACAAGUCAACAAAAUGUUCAAAUAUAUCCACAAUUUAAUCAUUCCCCUGCUAUUUGGAAAUGUUCUAGCUGUUCUCAAUUAAAUAAUCACUCAGGCAAAAGGUGUGUCUGGUGCAAUUUGGCUAGGGAAACUGAUGCUACUUAUAAUUAUUGGUCUUGUUCGAAUCCAAAUUGUUGUCUUAAACAGCCACAAACACCUUUAAAUGGAAAAUGCCCACUUUGUCGAGUAAAAUCUUCAUAUCAUCGAAUGCAAACCUCUAAAAGCAUGCCUCGUUUAUCAGAUAUUGGACCUGUUGAAAAUGUUCUUUCACUCCCUCAAGAAGAAAUUGAGGAUAAAAUUGUCCAUUCAGAUAGAUAUAAUUCAAUAAUAGAACAUUGCAGAUUGACUAAUCAUUGUUUUUUGGACGAUUCUUUCCCGCAUUCUCUUCAUUCAAUCGGCCCUCUUUCACAAUUUGAAUCCAAGAAUUUAGAUAUUAUUUGGCUCCGGCCUUCUGAAAUAUUUACUAGAGAUGGACAUUUAGUUCGUUGGGCUGUUUUUAAUGAUCCUCAACCGACUGAUAUUGAACAAGGUCUACUCGGUAAUUGUUGGUUUCUUUCUGCAAUGGCUGUUGUUUCUGAAAGACCUGAUAUUUUAGAAAGACUUUUUCUCUCAAAAGUUUACAAUCAUUAUGGCGUUUAUGAAAUGAGAUUAUGUGUUGAUGGAUUAUGGCAAAAUGUUUUUGUUGACGAUUUCUUUCCUUGUCAUAAAAGAAGUCGUACAAUGGUUUUUGGUGUUGGACGAAAGAAUCAACUUUGGCCUUCCCUACUUGAAAAAGCUUUGGCUAAGAUCUAUGAAAAUUAUGCAAUUUUGAGGGCUGGAAGGAUUUGUGAAGGAAGAAUGUCGGCAUUAAACAUUGUUUGGGCUAAAUUAUUAAGUGCCAGAGAAGCUCGUUUUAUUAUGGGAUGUUCUUGUGGAGCAGGAAAUCGUCCAGUCAAUGAAGAUGAAUAUAAGAAAUUAGGUUUGAUGAGUCAACAUGCUUACUCUCUUCUGGAUGUUAGACAAACUAGAGAAGGAUAUAGAUUAGUUCAACUUCGAAAUCCUUGGGGUUCUUUUGUUUGGAAUGGCGAAUUUAGCCGUAAAUGGCCUGGAUGGACUUCAGAAUUAAAGAAAGAACUUGCAUCAGAUGCAAAUAAACAAUCAGGAACUUUUUGGAUGCCUUUUGAAAGAUUAGCUAAUUAUUUUGAUACAAUUGAUAUUGCUCAAAUUAAUAGAGGUUGGAUAUCUACAAGGCAUUUGUUGGAUAUUGGUUGGGUAGAAGGACGGACUAGGAUUGUUCGCUUCACAAUUACCGAACCAACAGAAUUAUGUGUUAUAUUACAUCAAAGAAAUGCCCGAACAGUAUUAGAUCAAGUAGAUAUUCUGGUUUUAAUACACAAACAAGAAAUGAAUAAAGAGGGAUUUCCUGAAGAAUUAAUUUGUCGUUCACCAAGAAAAAUUGGACCAAUUGUCCGUACAGAAGAUUCUUUUUUUCAACCCGGAGAAUAUUUAAUUUUUGCUCAUUCUUUUUCUAAUUUUGGUGAAAUGAUUCCUGGCACAGUUAUUUUCUCUGAAACUCUUAAUUCUUCAUUGGAAGCUUUACGUUCUUCUAUUUGUUUUUUAAUGCUUAAAGAAGGUUCUAUAAAUGGUGAUUCUAAUGGAAUGAUUGCUCGUUAUUUAACUAAUAGUUUUGCGGGAUUGGCAUUAAUGGUUGACAAUACAAAUCCAAACACGUGUGUACAGGUUCGUUCAGACUUUAACAACUCAACAAAUGUUUUGUCUACAAGAGGGUCUCUGUUUGCUGUUGAUUCUUUACCUCCUUUACAUCGUCAGAUAAUAAUUGUUUUAACUCAUGCCGAAGCAUCUCAACCUUUAUCUGUUGCCCACAGUCUUUGUUCUCGUUCUACUUCAUUUCCUCAAUUAAAGGAUUGGUCUCCCUCAACAAAUUAUUUUCAUUCUCAAAAUCUUCCUCUUUUGAUUGGAGAAUCUGUUGGGGUUUUACAUGGACCGAUGCCUUUAUUUGAUUAGUUUUAAAUUUGAGAAAAGAAUUAAACUUAAAAGAAUAUUUUACUUUUACAUGCUUGCCUUUUACUAAAUACAGUCGGGCCUGAUUGUAAAAUAAAUUAUUUAAAUUUAUG